UUCUUGCGUCGACCCACGUGUGACUUCUCUACAAGCCAAGGCCUUUCGUCUUCUCUGUGUGAACGCCGGAAGAUGGACGAGGCUCAAGUGAGGCAGGCGGUGCUGGCCCUGCAGAAGUUCCACUCGACCCGGCUAGAGAGGAAGAAGAGGCUAAUUGAGGAAAACCCGCUCGUCUCCCUCAUUAUUGGGCUCAAGAAGAUUCCAAACAAGACCCGCAGACCUUACAGAAUUCCCAUCCCCCACUCCCUUUAUCCUCCCGAGGAAACCGAGCUCUGUCUCUUCUCGCGCACCGACAAAAAGACAGCCAAGGGAUUGCUGGAAAGAAAGGGAGUCAAAAACAUUACAAAGGUCAUACCACUGGACAAGUUGAAGACGGACUACAAAUCCUAUGACUCCAAGAAGCAGCUGUCGGCCUACUACGACGUGUACCUGGCUGACCGCCGGAUUUACCAUCUUCUUCCUCGUCAGCUUGGCAAGAGUUUCUUCGUAAAGAAGAGGUUCCCGUUUCCAGUGGAUGUACAGAAGCAGGAUUUGACGCGAGAAAUUGCAGCUGCUCGUGAUUCUACUUACCUCCACCUGGGCCUUGGCUCCUGCGUAGCUCUGCCAAUAGCCAGGAUCGACUACCCAACUGCCCACAUUGUUGAGAACAUUGUGAAGGGUUUGAGGGGCGUGGUCAACAGGGUGCCUCGAGGAUGGAGGAACAUUCAGGUGGUACAUUUGAAGACUGUUGACUCCGUGGCUCUCCCCAUCCACCACUCCCUGCCCCCCGAGGCCAAACUUUUGGUCCCCCUGGGUGAGGGACCGCUCGUGAAAAGAGUGAAACUGAGCAGUGUGGGUGAGGAUGAGGAGAGGGAGGAGGAAGAAGAGAAUGUUGGUGGACUUCAGACAUUGGGUCAAGAGGAGGGAGAGGGAGAGAGAAAGGGGCUGACUGCUGUGACUUCUACACCUCCUUUGGAGCAAAAGAAAAAGGUUGUGAGGAGUGCCGGGAGUAGUCGACUAGCAGGGAAGAAGGUGAGAGGAUCCACUGUUCUCAGCUCCCGCUACGAGAAAUUGACAGCAAGAAGACGAUCCCGUGGCCGAAGGUCUCUCUGAAUACUAUCCACCCCCACACACACACAGUAAUUGAGUGUCCAUCUAUCAUCUUUCUCUCAUGGUCAAAAAAAUCAAUGACAUCAUAAUUACAUCAUACAAAGAUUGUCUACACAUUUCGUGACAUAAUAUUUUAAUUUAGAGGGCAUAUCAAUAAUACACGUCAUUACAUAUUGUGAUUGCUAAAUAUAAUGUAUAAUAAUAAUAUAUAAGCAACAAACUAAGUUUUCGGCAUAAAAAAUGUAAAAAGUAAAGAAUUCGACGAAAGAGACAAGGUGUAAAUCACCACGAAAACAUGCAUAUGAAAAUGGAAUCUAGGACGAAGAAGAUGGUGAGUUUUGAUCAGCUUUUCUUGACCUGGGCCUGCAUCUUCUCGUAGAAAUCUCUGGCGCUCUCCAGCUGUUUCAGUGACGUGGCGAUGAUGUUGUCCAACUCCUUUCCCUGUGACAGACAGUGUGGAUGCGUGUGUGUCCACGAUUACUGCAGCUCGCGGCCAUCUUUACUAUGCUAAGAGUACAGUGCUUGAACUGUUGAAAUUUUGUCAUCUGAUACAAUGGAAGUCAUUGCACACACCAACCAAAAGAACAGUAAAGACAUUUCCAACGGCAAAGGAGGCCAUAUAGUGGGAGGUAAGCGGAAAUUUUACGCAAACUAUAACGGAAAAAUUCCUGCCGUGCACGGAUUACGUUAGACUAGAAGACGCUGGCGUCCGUCCCACCCCAACACUA